AUGCCUAGUGCUUUUCCUACCUUCAAUGCAGAUUUUGAAAUUAAAAGUCAAUUGAUUCACUUAUUGCCUAAGUUCCAUGGUCUUACAGGAGAAAACCCAUACUUGCUCCUCCAGACUCUUUAUAUGCAAUGUUUGUCCAUGAAGACAAUAGGAGUCAGUAUUGAUGAUGUCAUGUGGAAGGUUUUUUACUUAUCUUUGGAAGGCAAAGCUAAAGAAUGGUACAUGAACAUACCACUCUAUGUGGACAAUUCUUAUGAGUCAUGGACCAGUUUGAAGAAAGCAUUUUUGGAUAAAUACUUUCCCUCCACAAAGAUUUUAGCUGCCCACAAGGAAAUUUUAGCAGCUAAGCAAGAGCCAUUUGAGACAUUCUUUGAAUUUUGGAGUCGCUUUCAAGAGAUGCUUUCUCAAUGCACCAACCAUCAAAUUCUUAAGGAGCACUUGGUGCAAUAUUUCUACAAUGGGUUGUCAACAUAUGAUGCACAAGUUUUGGAUGCUGUUGCUAAUAGGUUUAUGGAAAAUAUGGAACCAAGGGCUACAUGGGAGUUGAUAAGGACCUUUGCUCUUAAUAGACAACAUGUGAGCGCAAGAGAUUUAAGAGACCCCAAAUCUGAAAGAGACCCCCUCUUGGUCAAGUUAGCACAAGACAUGUCUAAAGUUGCCAAUACUGUUGAGAGUCUCCAUUCCAACAAGACUCAAUCCCUUGCAUUAGUAGCUACAAGUUGUGAAUUUUGUAGUUCACCAAUGCAUACUAUUGCUAAUUGCCCUGGGCCGGUUGAAGAAGUAAAUGCCAUGUACCAAGGAAGAGAAGGGUCAAUAUCAGAAAAGGGACCCCUACUCAAACACCCACAACCCCAGUUGAGAGAUCAUCCAAACAUCAAAUGGGGUGGGGGAGCAAAUAGACCAAACUAG